AUCCCUCUCACUCUCUCUCUCUCUCUCUCUCUCUCUGUUAAGCUGAGCUGGCAUCGUUCCUGUUUGUUUUCAGCCAUUUUGGGCUGCAGACACUGAAACAAACUGUUAAAUGGCUGCCUCUCUCCUUCUCUGAGACCGGAGAUCUCGCUCCCCCUGCAACCCUUCCGCCGAGCAGAGAAAAAAACAACUCUUUUAUUAUUUUUUUUCUUCAGUCAGUCAGACUCUCUGUCAGCCAGACGACCCGUUAGAUCUCACAGUACUGUGUGUUCCUCUGUUAGGAUAACGACAGGAGUAACUGAGAUGCUGCCUCAGCUGAAGGAAGGUUUCAGGGCAACAUCAUGGUGUCCGUGGCAGAGGCCUUGGACUCUGGCCACCCCAGCGCCCUCCUCUCGCGCCUGAACAACCAGCGCACAUGUGGCGGACUGUUCUGUGACAUCACACUCAUCGCGGGGGAAUCCAAGUUCAGGGCUCACCAGAACAUCCUGUCUGCCUGCAGCCUGUACUUCAAACAGCUGCUCUCCUCCUCUCCUCCUCUUCACGCCCCCCUCCAGAGCGAGCGAGUCCUUGAGUUGCCGGAGCUGAAGGCGGAUAUUUUUGCGGAUGUCUUGGAUUACAUAUACACCUCCAGGGUCUACCUCCGCAGUUUCAAGCGUACCAAGGAGCUUGCCAAAGCCGGGAAGAGGCUGGGGAUCCCGUUCCUGGAGAACAUAGUGAAGGAACAACAGAGAGGCAAACCCAUCAAGACAGGCAUCAAAGCAGCCAGCGUGACGACCACAACAGCUCAGCCCUCGGACCUCCCCUGCAACUUUGCGCCAAGGUUUCUCGGGGGAAACGAGCAGCAAGUGUCUUCCUACAACGGGCCGGAGGACUCCGCGAACUCGGGGUGGAGGAUGGCGGCCUCAGCAUCAGAGCAGACGCAGCAGCAACUCAACCCCAGGGCCGUGCUUCAAUCUCUGUCUCCCGUGGACCUGACGGCCUCAGCCAGAAAGGACUCAGAGUCGCACCAGCCUUCCUCUCCCAUUCCUCAGUUCCAAAGUGUUUCACAUUUACUUCCCCCCCAGGGCACUGUACCGACUUUUUCCGCCACUAGCCUUCAGCCCUUGCCUCCAGAGACAACCAACACCACUCCCAGGACAGCGAGAGACACGGGACUCAGCCCCGCAGCCGAGAGCUACGCUGAAAACUUCGACUCCGAACGGUCUACCACGGAAACGGCCAAGAUACUGUUCACUCUGAGCACGGCCGCAUUCAAAGGAAUGGGUAACAACAGCGAAACGGCCGUCCGAAAAGCUGCCGAUGACCCCGCGCCCGAAGACGGAUUCGGUGGUGCAAAUUCAACAGCAGAAGGGCUGCUGCCGCCGCCGCCGCCGCUACCUGAGCAUCUCGGCCCAGCCCGUCCUUCCGCGAAGGGGUUCCUCUGCAGGGUGUGUAAGCGCUCCUUCAGCUCCCCCUCUUCCCUGAGCACUCACCUGAAACUGCACAGGGCCGACCGGGCGCUCUCCUGCAGGCACUGCGGCAGAGCGUUCAUCCACAACAAGAGGCUGCAGUCCCACGAGGCCGUCUGCAGAGAGGCGCCACAGAAGGGACCGCCGGCUCCACUGGCGGCGGUCAGACCCAAGAAGCUCCUCCAAAGCUGCGAGCUGGAGGGAGAAGGGGAGGAGGAAACUGGGGAAGAGAAGGGGGAAGAGGAGGAGGAUGAGGAGGAGGAGGAGGAGGAGGAGGAAGAGGAGGGGAAUCCUGAGUCAGAACCUUCAGAAAAGUCUUCCACCAAAAAGAAAGGACGCGGUAUUCCGGUACGCCACCGGAACUUCCAGAGGAUGGACCUGCUUGCGGAGGAAGACCACUUCGUGAAAGUGGUGGACGGCCACAUUAUCUACUUCUGCACGGUCUGCGAGCGCUCCUACAUGACCCUGUCAAGCCUCAAGCGACACUCCAACGUACACUCCUGGCGCAGGAAGUACCCGUGUCGUUACUGCGAGAAGGUGUUCGCCCUGGCGGAGUACCGGACCAAGCACGAGGUGUGGCAUACCGGGGAGAGGCGCUACCAGUGCAUCUUCUGCUGGGAGGCCUUCGUCACUUACUACAACCUCAAGACGCACCAGAAGUCUUUCCACGGCAUCAACCCUGGCCUGAUCAGCAGCGAGAAGACGGCCAACGGUGGGUACAAGCAGAAACUAAAUGCCCUCAAACUCUACCGCUUGUUGCCCAUGAGAUCCCAGAAAAGGGCUUACAAAACAUACAGCCAGGCCCUUUCUGAAAGCAUCCUAAUGCCUUCCCUGACAGCGCCUUUGGACAAUGGCCUUCCUGAGUCUCCGGGUUCUGAGGGGUUAUGCUCUCUGGGUCUUCACCCGGGGGGUGCUGGGGAUUAUAUAUUUCCGGCAUCGUUGGACCCUGCUACUUUGGAACAAGGGGAAAUACCCACCGGUCCACAUAACCUGUCUAGUCCUGCUAUGCAUGGGAUAAGGGAGGGCGAGAUGGACGAGGAAGCAGCAAAAAGCCUGCCGGAAAGCAGAACAGGUUUUCCAAGCGCAGACGGUUCUGUCUCCACGGUUAUUGCGUACGGUCACCCCAAGCCCUCUGUGAUCGUGCACGGCACAGCUGUCUCCUCCGUUAUCGUGCACAGCAACCAGGUUGCAUCGACGUCCGUGAACAGCAGCAGCAGCAGCAGCAGCAGCAGCAGCUAUCCGAGUCGUCGCCCCUCAUCCGAACCCUCAAAAGUCCCCCCACCCAUCAAGAAACAGGUCCUGAAGGAAUACAUCCAGUCCCAGAAAAGAGCUUCCAGUGAGGAAACAGAAGAAGAAGAAGGGAGGAGAAGCGUAGGGGAAGACAAAAAAUCACCGAAACCUUGCAGGAGCUCUGCCAACAGCAACAGCGUCACCUACGUGGCCAAGCCAGCGUACGUGGGAGCGUCUUCAGAGACCAGAGGCGGUGCCCCCUUGUGCCAGAUCACUGUGCGCAUCGGGGAGGAAGCCAUCGUGAAGAGGAGCAUCUCUGAAACGGACCUGAUGAGGGACAAGGGUUCCCCUGCCAACAAGACCAAAAGAAUGGACCCUCUCCACAAGGAGACGAACCAGCACCAGUACCAGCAGCAACACCAACACCACAACAAGGAGACGGACCAGCAUCAACAUCAACACCUACACCACAACAAGGAUGCCAAGAAGAAGAAGAAGUGUAAAGUGAACAAACUGAGGGAAUACAAUUUCCGCAGGGAGGUGAGGGAGGAGGAGAGCGACCAGGACGCUGAGGACAACCUAUGGCGGCCUUACUACACCUACAAGCCCAAGAAGAAGACCCUGCACGUUCAGAAAGUAAAAAAAUCCAGCUGGAGGCGGAAACUCCGAUACAAGCGCUCACUGCGGCUGAUGAAGAGGGCGGAGAAGCUCUUGGGCCGAAGCUUAGACGAGGGCGGCGACUGCAAGCCAAGCGCCGGUCUUCAGGAUGAGCGAGGAGUGGCCAAGGAGGAGGAGGAGGAGGAGGAGCAGGAGAAUUUCAGCUGCCACAUUUGUGAAGAAACCUUCCUGGAUUUCCACUCUCUGGAGAAACACGAGAGGAACCAUCGGACGGGCAAGGCCUUCGAAUGUACCACCUGCGGCAGGCAAUUUUCCACUGUGAAAAAACUAGAUAAGCAUGAGCUGACCCACCUGAUGGAGUUCGUAUGCUUGCGGUGUCAGGAGUCCUUCAGGAACAGGGCGCUCAUGGAGGCGCAUCAGAAGAUGCACCACGCUAAAAGUGAGAACUGUUUCCCCCAAGAGCGGGAGUUCGUGACCGAAUCCAAAGAAACGGGCUACCCAGAGAAAAGUAACCUGCCCCGGGUAGGGAGAAGGCCGUCUGUCCGGCACACCUGCACCUCCUGUUCCAAAGUCUGCAAGACUGUAGCAGCACUGGGGAGGCACAUGAAAAGGCACGAGGCAGAGAGAGAAGGUUCAGCAGAGCCUGGACCAGAACUGUAUUCCGCAGCGGAAGCAGAAUCAGAAGCAGCAGACUUAGAUCACGAUUUAGAAGCAAACAGAGAUCAGGUUAAAUCUAUCCCUGUUAUUAAUUACACCACAUCAGCAGCAGAUGAGACAAGCGACGGCCUGGCCGACGUGAGCAGAUACUCACCUCAAUAUGACAACCCGGGCAAAACUCAGAUUGAGUCUGACCAGGCAAUGCUGGCACAGCUGUCUGAAGUAUCUUCCAAUAAUGAACAAGAAGUCCUUGAAAAUCCUGGCUCAAGUCCAAGGGGAAGCAAGAUUGUUCCCCCGUCUGGGAGCCCGGAAGCUGCACCUCCAGCCAGGGCUGAGGUUCCCAGCAGUUCGGUCCAGACUGUUCUGGUUCUGAACGGCAGAGACUGUUUGGACUCUUGUCAGCAGCAGGAGGCUGUGACGCCUUACAGGGCCAUAAGAAGCCCGGUGGGGCAGCCUCAGGGGCCACUGCUGAUGACCACAGAACACCGCGAGCCAGGACCACGUUCUCAGAGUUAUAAACAUCAAGAUGAGUGUACGGGCAGUGCUACACCAAGACCCAACGCAACUGCCGAGGGAACAGCGAGAUCAGAUGAAGGAAGCAAUGCUCAGAACAAUUACGAACAGGACACUGGCCCAUACAGUUAUCAAAGCACUCCGCUGAUGUCACACGCAGGAAAGGAGGACGAUGAUGGUCCCCAGAACCUGGUGAUGUCACAAGCGGGACCCAGCCCUCCUCCUCCUCCUCCUCCUCCUCUGGAGGCUUCCGAACGGUGCGAAAUGGAAUCGCGCGGGCAGGGAGAGCCUCCUGUGCGGGCGAUGUUGCCGCACGCAGGAAUUGAGGCCCCUCUGUCUGCACAGGAACUAAUGAUGUCCCACCUAGCUAGAGACACUCUUCCUGCACCAGAUCUGCUGAGAACGCACAUGGGAAGGGCUGCGGCUCCACAAGAACUGAUGACGUCACGUAACGGGAGAUCGGAGGGGCUGAUGAUGAUGAGGGUGCCUCAGAAAGGGGAAACGCUCCCGGCAACGGAAUUCACUACGACUCAAACCACUGCAGGCACUGCUAACACUGCCUCUGCUGCUGCUGCUGCACAUGGACGUCUCAUGCCACAGACCACCACUUCCAACAAGUGCCCCUACAAAAGGAUCAAAUCGCCAAACCUGGGUACAAACACUCUGGCGCAAGAACUGCUGAAGCCUCACUUGGGGCCUAACGCGACCAUCCAGGACGUGGCGAGGAUGGCGCACGAAGGCCUGAUUCCGCAGAACCUGAUGAUGCCCCGCGGAACCGGAGAGAGCAUGCGCGCCAAGAACCCACUCGCUCCCCGCCAGUCUGAAGAGCUCGAAGACUCUGCUCCGCAGGAUCUCCGCAUGGUGACGACUUUCCCGGUUCAGGAGUUCCCUCUGCCUCUCCUGGCACCCGCCAGCUGCCGAUCCAGCAAAAAACACCAGGAAAGCCCCCGGCUCUCCUACCCGCCCACUGCCAUGCAGUUUGGCGACCUGGGCAAGAUGUCUAGCGGUGAUCUCGCAAAGCUGCCUUUUUACCCGGACCCCUACCAACUGCUCUACGGGCCCCAGCUCCUGGCGUACCCUUACAACCUGGCGGCUCUGCCCAUGGCUUUGAACAUGGUGGUCCCCAAUGAAAAAGGGCAGCCUCUUCCACUCCUGCCAACCCUCUUCAGCUAUGUGAACCCCUGUACGGGGCUUGUGCAGGAGCCCCACCUGUUAGCUAAAUCGAGUAGGAGGGCCGACCACCGCGACGCCGCGAAUCAGUAGGUGACGAAGAGGACGAGACGGCAUAACUGCGUGCAUCCCUCUUCCUGCCACUGCUGAUCCUUGCGAGACGGCGAUCUGGAGUCCUGUCGGUCGACCCAGAGGGUGUUGCGGUCUCUACUCAUUCGCACCUGCAGCCUCUCUCCGUUUACCUCUCUGCCCUUAUUUGUAGUAGUCUGUACAACGUUUCUGCUGAUAUAAACCUUCCUUUCAAGGCACCUUACAUUUAACUGGGGUUGUGUGUGCUUUUAGUUCAACUUGCUUCUCAUAGUGAUUGCAAAAAGGAUUUCAUGGCUGUUUAGUCGUCCCCCCCCCGUCCCCGUCCCCGUCCCCCCCGAGUGAAAGUGAAAAAAUUAUGUGUCCUAUAUCUCUAUACUGGGACAGGUUCAUCUUCUGUAGGCAAAAGAAAAGGGGUAUAGCAGCAUCAAAAUCCUACCUAAAGUCUCUCUAAGUAGCUUCACUCCAUUCAACUAUCUGCGUUUCACCAAGGAAAUUGAUUGUGGCCAAAUACAUGGUCCCAAUAAAACAAGGGUAACAUGAAGCUGUCAGAUGUCUUUGUUGUAAUGGAUUGCUACUGAAAAAUGGAGCGUAGCCUAAAUUUAGUGAAGUGAAACCAAUCAAUAAAGCACAGCUGCUCUUCCGCAAGCCUGCUGACAAAAGGUAUCAAUAGAUAAAUGAUAAAUUAGUUUAAUAAAGACAGAAUCCAAACAGAUUUAUCCGAUAUUCGAUUUUCACUGGAUACCUUAUUUAUUAUAUUGCACAUGUUUGCUUUUUAAGCAAAAAAAAAAAAAAAAAAAAUGGUUUACAGAAAUGAAUGCUGUUGGAAAGUUUGCAGACUGCACUAGUUCUAGACAGAAUGUGCCUAUUAGGGUUGGUUCAUGAGAACCAUCAAGUUCUAAAAACCGAGGAGCAAAAAAAAAAAAAAAAAAAUAAAUGCAUUCCGUAAAAAAUUAAUCUCCAAUAAUGAGAAUAAAAUAAUUAUAUUUUCACUCUACAGGAGGCAUCGUUAGCACAGAAAAAUGAGAUGUAGUUUGUACAGCAAAGAGAUUUUUGUUUAAUUAUUAUUAUUAUUUUUUUUGUUACAAUGCAAUUUGUACUGUUCCCAAACCACAAAGGCAGCCACAGUACAAGUGGUAUCUGUUCUACCAAAUUAAAUUAGUUAUAAAUGUUUAUCUUACGCUUGCCAACCAAAAAAAAAAAAAAAAAAGCAGUGUUGUAGUCCAACUUCGUCAACCAAAAAAUAAAUAAAUUCACACCGCAAAAAACAUUCCCAGUUGCAAAGCUGCAAAAAGCAGAUGCCACAGAUAUUUCAUGUUUAUGGAAAACAGAUAUUCCCGUCUCAAACUGUGUGCUUUGAAAGGAGUGCUGACCAAGGUUUUGAAAAUCCCUUUUCUCAUUAGCACUGGCAAUCGUACUGUCCCUGGUCAUCCCUUUCGAAGAGCUGUUGGUUCUUUGCAUGCAUUUUCCAUUUAUCUGAGAUCUCAAGGACAAAGCUAUAGACUCGACGUGGCUGCUGCUACUCCCGCGUACCUAAUCACGUCCUGUGCUGUAG